AUGAUCCCAGCACGUGGGAUUCACACCCAUCUUAUCCGAGUUAGAAGUUCAGAACCGGCAGAACCGAGACUCAGGGGUUUGAAAGCUUGCCAAUGUUGCCUGGUUCCCAUGUCCGGCAGCCCCAUCGGUGUCCCAGGGACUGGGGUCUGGGGAGUUGACAGUCGUGGGGCCAUCGAGCCCAAACCCACACCGGAUCGGCGUUCCUGCAGCCCUUUCAAGCAGUCACGGAUCGAGAGUGCGACCACACGGUGCAUCCACGAUGUCACCAUUACCAUGGAUCCAGCACUUGGUUUCCGCCCUUGCGUGCGGCCGGGAUCCCAGCUUGGCAGCCACGCUCCUAUGGUAGGCGUCUUUCGGCGCCGACCCAUCAUCUCCGCCCAUGUGCUCAAGCCCAGCUCGCCUGGAAUGUUGAAGGAACGCAGUCAUCCCCGAGCCAUGAUCUUGCCACGCGACGCCGGGACGCCUGCCACGGCGGGGUCCGAGUUCGGGACCACGCCCGACACGAAACCCGUGGCCCGGCUCGACGCUGUCGGCAUCUGGUGGAUUACCUUCGGCGCCAUCUGGACGGCUCUACUCGUCUGCGGCAUGACAUUCCUUUACAAAAAACGCAACACGCCGACGCUGAGACUGCGCGGACUCUCGUUAACUUUCGCCGGCAUCAUCCUCCUUCACUUCUACUGGAUCUCCGUCCAGAUCGGCUACAGCGUCGGUCCACUCGCUCCCGAGGUCGCCGAGUUCUGGAUCAUGAGCAUCUGGUAUCCCUUUGGAAUCGCCCUCUUCCAGGCUGGCAACAGCCAGUUCCUCCAUGUCGCUAAGGCCCAGAGCCGCUUCGCCCGGCCUCCCAGUCAGAUGAAGACUCGCUUCGACGAGAAACGCCCGGCGGGGAAGCCGACUCUGCUCCAGCGCCUACGUCAGAUGGACUAUUCGAAGCGCAUGUUCAUGUUUGUUACGAUGGGCAUGGCAGUGCAGCUCCUCGUGGUCAUCAUCAUCUACAUGAUAUCGCGCAAAAUUCCAUUCCGACUUCCGGUAUUCCCCGGAACCGAAGUGUACGGCAGCUCCGCCAUGGAGAUUGCCAUCCUUCCGGCAGCGCCCAUGUGGUUGAUCGCUCUCUAUGUCCCUGGCAUGGCGCCAGUGAAUCAAUACUUUGUACCGCCGCAAUGGAUCGCCCUCUCGAUCUUCGUCAUCGAGAUCUGCACUGUUUUCGUCCCCUGCUGGCAGGUUCGGAAGCACCAGACCCUCCGCCAGGAGACGCUCGAGUCCAUCGCCAACUGGGAGUCCAAGAAGCGGGGCGAGGGCAAGACGGAGACGUCGAGCGACAAGAGCUCCUCGGGCCCAAUGAGCACGACCUCGACCAAGGUCGGCGACUACUCGGGCUUCGACUCCUGGAAGAAGCUGUCGAGCUUGGAGAAUGGGACCAACCAGGCCAACCAGACCGGUAACCCCGACGAGAGCGUGCUGACCAUGGCCGCACUCGAGCAUUUACGACGCCAGCCCAGAGACGUCCGGGAACAAUUCACGCGAGCGCUGCGCAUCUACACCGAGUUCAUCUCCCCCCGCGACGCCGAGUUCCCCAUCAACAUCGCGUGGGCCGACCUCCGCAAGCUGCAGGGUGUCUUCGAGCGCGCGGCGCGCAGCACCGCCGCCGCCAACGGCUCCUCCUCCGCCAACGACGCCGUCACCCCCUUCGCCGACGCCAACAUGAACAACCCCAUCACCUCCCCACCGCGCGCCGCGCAGAACCAACCCCCCCCCUCGCGCGACUCCCAAAUCCACAUCCUCCAACCCGACGACGCCACCCACCAAGCACCCCCCACACCCACUUCCACCACCACCACCACCACCAAAAACCGCACCUCGCACAUCCCCCUGACCGUCAAGAUCCUCGAGCCGCCCUCCCCGCACGCCGCCCCCGCCUCGGCCCUGCCCCUCUACGCGGGCGACAUCCCACCGGCCUUUGACGCGUCCGUCUUCGACGCGGCGCACGCCAGCAUCAAGUACCUGGUGCUGACCAACACGUGGCCCAAGUACGUGCGCGAGCGGCGCAACUCGGAGAGCAGCAGCAGCGGGGCCAGCAGCGUGGUUGGUGACAGCCACAGCCACAGCAACAGGAUGAGCAGUGCCCUGAGCAGCAGUGGGCGGUCGGAGACGGUGCGCGGGGGUAGUUCGCGGCGGUCGGCGAGUCGGGCCGGGAGCUCGGUGGGGGGUGCGAGCGUGGGGAGUAAGUUUAGCUUGAAGGGGCCGUUGGGGUUUUUGAAGGGGGCGAUUCAUUGA